AUGGGUAAAUUGUGCCCAUUUUUGGGACCGAAAAUGUCGGCUUUCAUGUGAGAUUUUUCUACGGUUUUCAGACCAAAAUUAACUUUUUAGAAUGGUUAUGUCGGUUUGGGGAAUCAUUUUUCUUGGAAUUCUUGGGUGCAGUUUUUGGAAUCAAGUAAGUUGUCGAAAUAUGAGAAUUCUUUGAGCUGUAUUUAUUUUCAAAAUUUGGAAUUCAUAUCUUUCAGAAUUUCCCUUAAAUUUUUUGUCAGAUCUUGAAUUUUUCUGAAUAUUUGUACAGAAAUUGUUUUUUUUGUAAAAAUUUCAAAACUACUUUACCCUCAAAGCGAACAAAUGCAUUAUCUUAUCAGAAAAAAACCUUCCACGUGAAAAUCCGAUUUUUUUGCAGGCCAUCACAUUAUUCCCUGAUCUUGAAUUCGAAAAAUGUGAAAAUCGCAAAGAAACAUGUGAAGAGUAUCUUGUGCAAACGAUUGAGUGAGUGUCCAUAAGUUACGACGUGACAAAGUUUGAUCAUUUCGAAAAAUCAUUGAAGAUAUUCGGCAUUUCCUAUUUUUCCAGUGAAAUUGAAGACAAAUACAACAGAAAAGCUUAUCAAUGUUGGGGAGCUGCUGGAUUAUAUCUGGUCACAUUAAUUGUGGUUUACUGGCAAAACAGAUACAAUACCACCCACAUUUUUUGA